UCGACAACUCACAACUGUUGUAGAUGUCGUGUAUAAAUAAAAUUAUUGGACUACUUGGUUUUGGACUUGUUACUCGUUUUAGUGGUUCACUCAUUCACUGGACGAGUGGGACGACUUGACACCUAGUCGUAAAUCUCUGUUUUGUAGGCUAAACUAUGAAUAUUCUCAAAUAACUGAAUUUAAUUUCUACUAAAUAGUAAAUACCAAAUUAAUUUACUCAUUAAUAGAUUGUUGUUUGUUACUUGUUAGUACGCCAAUUAUAAUAUUGACUGACGUGGUGACGUUUAAAUUUUGAUAGAUAACAGUUAUAAAGUUCAAUCUUCGUAAUAUUUUUAUAUUUGAUUUUGUUUACGCGCAUAAUAAAUAAUUGUUUAAAUAGUUACCUUUAACUUACAAAGUUACAAAUCGUUUUAAUUAAUUUAGAAUUCUGAAUCGAAACUAUAUUAUGGCUUUUACUCCUGGUUCAGCAGUUUCUCCGUCUGCUGAUAUUGAAUUAUCUUUGGCAUGCAGGGGACUGUCUGGUACAGAUGUUUUAUCAAAAUCUGAUCCAAUGUGUGUAACAUAUGUACAACCAUUUGGUCAAAAUAAAUGGAUAGAGUUUCACCGAACUGAAACUGUUAAAAAUAAUCAGGAUCCCGAUUUUGUUUCUAAAGUAUUAAUAAGCUAUAGAUUUGAAGAAAAACAGCCACUGUUGUUUGAAAUAUACGAUACUGAUUCAAAAGAUAAAGAUUUGACAGCACACGAUUUUCUUGGAACUGUAACAAUAACUCUAGGACAACUUGUUGCUAAUAAACGUAAUAAGUUACAACUAACAGAUCGUGAUGGUAAUCUAAAAAGUAGUUAUUUAGUUAUAACUGCAGAAGAAUUGGGUAUGGAUAGAGAUGAAGUAAUUUUAGAAAUGAGUGGAUUUAAAUUGGAUAAAAAAGAUUUUUUUGGUAAAUCUGAUCCAUUUUUGGAAAUCUAUAAACUUACUGAUACUGGUAAUUACACUUUAGUUUAUAAAACUGAUGUCAUUAAAGAUACAUUAAAUCCACGAUGGAAAAAAUUUAAUAUUCCUGUUAGAUCAUUUUGUAAUGGAGAUUAUGAACGGGACUUAAAAAUUACUUGCUUUGAUUGGAAUUCAAGUGGUGAUCAUAGCCUAAUUGGUGAAUUUCAUACCACUCUAAAAGGUCUCUCGAAUCCUAAUGCUACUUUUAAAUGCAUUAAUGGAAAAAAAAAAGAAAAAAAAAAAGAUUACAAAGAUUCAGGCGAAAUACGUGUAGAAUACAUAAAAAUACAAUCAACUUAUACAUUCUUAGAUUAUGUCCAAGGAGGAACAGAGAUAUUUUGUACAGUGGCUAUUGAUUUUACUGCUUCAAAUGGUAAUCCAUCAAAUCCAUCAUCUUUACAUUUCAUCAACAAUGCAAGCAUGAAUAGUUAUGAACAAGCAAUAUGGAGUGUUGUAUCUAUAAUUGAAGACUAUGAUUCUGACAAACAAUUUCCUGUUUUGGGUUUUGGAGCUAAAAUUCCACCUAAUGGACAAGUGUCACAUGAAUUUUUUGUUAAUAUGAAUCCUCAAAAUCCACAUUGUUUUGGUGUAAGAGGUGUGUUAGAUGCAUAUCGUCAUUGUAUUAAUCAAGUGCAAUUAUAUGGACCUACAAAUUUUGCACCUGUUAUCAAUCAUGUAGCUAAAAUAGCUCAAAAUGAUCGAGGUGGAAGUGGUUAUUUUAUUUUACUUAUAUUGACUGAUGGAGUUAUUACUGACAUGCCAGAAACCAUUCAGGCUAUUAUCGCAGCAUCUUCAUUACCAAUUUCUAUUAUUAUUGUGGGUAUUGGUAAUGCAGAAUUUGACGCAAUGGAAGAAUUGGAUGCUGAUAAGGGAGGUCUAAAGAUGAAUGGAGUUAAAGCAGCAAGGGACAUUGUUCAGUUUGUUGCAUUUAACAAUUAUCAUAAUCUUGACCCUAGUGUUGCUAAUUUACAUUUAGCAAAAGAUGUAUUGGCUGAAGUACCUAAACAAUUUAUGGACUAUAUGAAAAUAAAUGGCAUUGUGCCUAAAAGGAGAGCAUCUCAAACCACAACACCAGAGAUCGAAAAUUUAAAAAUUCAAUGAAUUAAUUUAUUAAUUAAAUUCAAUUUAAGCAGCUUUAAAUCAAAUUUUCUCUUUUUUAAAAUUAUUGGUGCUAUGUAUUUUGCUUUUGUCAAAAUUUAUACUAAAAUUGCGCAAUAUUAUUAAUUUCAUAUAAUUAAAUGGUAUAUGGAUCUUUUGUACUGAUUAAAAAGUUAAAUUUAUGUUAUAUUUAUACAUAAGAUAAAAUAUUUUUUCAUGCUUGCGUUUUUAAUUUUUAUGUACAUUUUACCUACUUAAUAAUUGAAUUUAUUUUUUAAACACAUGAAGUUAUAACAAAUUAUAUUUUUAUUAUACUUGAUUAAAUUAACCUUUUUUAUAUUGAUAUGAAUACUAUGUAAUAAUGAAUUAUUUUUAUGUUUAAAUUUGUGAUAAGCUUAUGCUUUAUAAUAAGUUAAUAAUUGUGUUAAUGUAACUCUAAGACCCAGAUGUUUUUUUAAAUUGAUAAUUUUUUAAUGCACAAAUAUAGGGAAAAAAUAUAUUUUGAAAAAAAUUCCACUGUCUAGAAAUUUUUUUUAUGUAUCUUUAUAUACUAAAAUCACAUUAAAAAAGAAUCUUGACUGCUUUCUCCACAGCAGGAAUAUGAACGGUAGAAUAAGUUAAAAAUGAGCAUUGCUUGACUAUCGCCAAUAAAAACUGGUUGCCACUGAGGUUCUUUCUUGUGAAUUGAAUAGACAUCAAAAAAAAUUUUUGACGUUUCAUUUAUUGUCCCUCUUAACUAUUAUUUCUAUGAACUGAAACUUUGUUAUCUAGGAAGAUAGCUUGUCAUAUUAUAUUAUUAUAUACUAUAUAUUUUAUUUUAAAUAAUAUACCUUCUUAUAAUCUUAAAACAUUUUAGAAAUUGAUUUUAUCUAUUUUGUUUCUUAUUAUUAUAUAUACAAUAAAUAUUAUCUUUAUUAAUUAUCACUUGCUUCUUUUUGAGCACUUAAUAUUUAUUUUAUUCAUUAUAUAAUUAGUUUGAAUACCUUUUUAAUUACCUAUGCUUAAAAUCUAAAAAAAAUAUUGCUAUUCUUUAAACUAAUUAUUGACUAGAUGUGCAUCUGGGACUUAGUUAUACAGUUAAAUUUUAUUACUGUUUUCAUAAAUGCUUGUUAAAUAUUAUAAAUAUUUCAUUAUUUAUUUUGUAAUAUCAAACAAAUAUAUUUAUUUAAAUUAUUAUUGAUUUCUUA